AGUAAAACAAACCUAGUUCCCAGUGUGUGUGUAAUCGCAAAUUCUGAUGUAGUCCAUGUGCUGUGUGGAUGAAUUGAACGAAGUUUUAAGUUUUAUUUUGUUAUAUUUAUUUGCCAAAAAUGACAUUAUUUCAUUUUGGAAAUUGUUUGGCGUUGGUUUAUGUCCCAUAUCAUCUGACGUACAAAUACUCAGGGCUGUCAGAGUAUGGAGCAUUUUGGAAAUGUGUGCAAGCGGGGGGCAUUUAUGUUUUUACCCAACUUUGUAAAAUGAUGGUUCUUGCCACUUUUUUCCCAGAAAAUGAAACAAACAGCAAGAUUGGAAUGGACUUGUUUGGUGAGUUCAUGAAGUCCACGGUAGAUCUCGCCGACCUCGUGGGCAUGUACCUCGUCCUCAUGAGCAUCCCGGGGAAGGGGCACGCCAAGGUGUUGACUGCUGGGGUCGGUUGGGCCGGCGCUGAAAUCCUGCUCACGAGGUGCCUCCUGCUGUGGGUCGGAGCCCGCGGGGCCGAGUUUGACUGGAUGUACAUCCAGAAGAGCUUGGAGUCCAACAUCAGUCUGGUGCACCACAUCGCGACGGUGACGCUGGUGUGGCUGUGGUCGCGACACGACCUGAACCGCUCGCUGGCGCCCGUGGUGACGUGUGCGCUGCUGCUGUGCUCCUACAAGGCGCUGCUCACGGACGUGCUACUGCAGGCGGCGGCCGCGGGACCGUGGCUCGCGCUGCUGGCACGCUGCCUCUACACGCUGUGCCUGGGGCUUGUCGCGCUGCACCUGUACGCUGGUCUGGUGCAAGCCAUCGGAGUGUACUAGUCCCCGCCACGUCGUCAAACUAUCUAUUGUACAGCUGGUGAAUUGAACAUUAACAACUCAGGGUUAAA